AUGGUUGCUGUACUCGCCCUCGUUUCCUCUCUCGUCGCUGCCGCCUCGACCGUCCAGGCCGGCGUGAUCCCCCACCAUCACCGCGCGCUCACUUUCGCCCGCUCGGCCGUCCCUGAGGGAUGGAUCACCGACAUCAUGGAGCCGUAUGAUGAGUACCAUACUCGUUACAUGGCCCUCGACUGCGAGGACCAGCACGACACUGCCUUCUUUGAUCUGUGCUGCCACCCCAUGAAGUCCAACGAGACUCUCGCAACGGCCCGUGACGCGUCUUGCGACCCCGCCAACGCCUCUACCUCCGUCGUCCUCUCCGCUACGGCUACGGUCACCUCUUCGUCUUCUGCUGCGACCAACGUCGCUAGCAGCGAUGACGAUGAGGACUGCGAUGAUGAAGAUGACUCUGGCGAUGAUGACGAGGAGGACUGCGACGAUGACGGCGAGACCACUUCCGCUGUCGCCGCUACCUCCACCAAGGCUGCUGCCACUUCCAAGGCUGCCGUUACUUCCAAGGCUGCUGCUACCACCAAGGCCGCAGCUACCUCGAAGGCCGCUGAGACGACUUCCGCCGCCGCCGAGACCACGACCUCCAAGGCCGCUGCCUCUUCGGCCAAGCCCACUACGUCCGCCGCUGCUAAGCCCACGACGACGUCCGAGGCUCAGGCUACCACCACGAAGAAGGCUACCUCGACGAAGGCUGCCAGCUCCGCUCAGGCUACCUCUACCGCCUCGAGUGACGACUCUGGUGACUUCAUCGAGGGCGGCAAGGCCACCUUCUUCUACCAGGAGGGCGGAACCGGCUCAUGCGGUAACAAGAACUCCGACAGCACCCUUCUCGUCGCUGUUCAGGAGGACCGCAUGAACUCUUCCCUCUGCGGCAAGAAGGUCGAAAUCAUCAACACCGCGAACGGCAAGUCGGUUGAGGCUACGGUCCAGGACACCUGCCCCGGCUGCGCGAACGCGAACUCGCUCGACCUCAGCGUUGCUGCUUUCGACGCCAUUGGUGAUGAGGCUACCGGUGUCCUCAACAUCAAGUGGAAGUUCCUCGACUAA